AUGCAUUCGUCAUACUCUAAACUUGCUGCUUUCGUCCACGCUCUCCAGGCAAUGUUGAUCAUUGCAGCCAUGAGCCUCACAAUUCCGAGACUCUCGAUGGACUACCAAUUCAAGAAAAAAGAGAAUCUGCUUGCACUUACCAUUGGUGCAAAAUCGCUCGUUUUUAUCGCGUAUCAAAUACUGACAGAGCAUACGACUUGGUUCAGCCGAUGGCAUAGCUACAGGGCAAACGCUUUCAUGAACUGUUUUGAAAUUGUGGCCUGGGCUGCUGUCACUUUCUUUGUCUUUGAUUCAAAUGUCUCAAAAUGCACAGGAGUUGACUGUACGUUAAGUUGGCUUGUGGUCGCACUCUCUGUCCUGAUUGCCAGUUCGAACAUUUACACCGCAAUUCACUCCGUUAGAGAGCUCCGCAAACAUCGUGCUGGAAGAUUACCGGGCAAGACAGCCGAACGACUGGACGACUCCGAGUUAAUGGUGCCGGCAUGGACCGGUUACUCGAAGCAUAACGAACGUUGA